UCACAAUAAAUAUGGCAUUUUGCCUUCUCCCCUUUAAUAAGAUCCUGCUGGCUUUUAUUCCAUUGGUAUAACACAGGUUGCAGCAAAUUGUAAAAAGACAAAAUUCUUAGCUUUCUAAAAUUCACAGGAAGACUCAGAUUAUCUGGAGAAAUUGUAUGACAGUGGAGGACGGCGGAGUGGGGGAAAGUAUUCUGUGACAGCCUAUUGUUUCCUUUUCUUUUUCAGGAUGAAAACUAGCCAAGAAACAGUGGGAAGAAACAGCACGACAAUCACUGGAUUCAUUCUCCUCGGUUUUUCUGACAUUCCCAGCCUGCAGCAUUUAUUUUUUUCGGUGUUUCUGGUCACCUACAUAGUCACCUUGGCUGGAAACCUUCUAAUCAUUGUCCUCACAUUGGCUGACCCAGCCCUUCAUACCCCCAUGUACUUCUUCCUCAGGAACCUGUCCUUCCUGGAGAUGUGCUACACAUCAGUCAAUGUCCCCAAGAUGCUUAGGAAUCUGCUCUCUGGGGAUAAAACCAUCUCUUUCAUUGGCUGUGCUAUGCAAACCUAUUUCACCUGUUUACUGGGUGGGUCAGAGUGUUUUCUCCUGGCGUCCAUGGCCUAUCAUCGCUAUGUUGCAAUAUGCAAGCCUCUGCAUUACCCCGUGGUUAUGAACAGGAAGGUGUCCACUGGACUGGCUGCUGGAUCCUGGCUCAGUGGUCUCCUCAUGUCCUUUGGUCACACCAGCAUGGUAUUCAUCCUACCCUUCUGCAGAUCCCAUGAGAUUAAUCAUUUCUUCUGUGACAUCCCUCCACUGCUGAAGCUGGCUUGUGGGGACACCUCCCUCAGUGAAAUGGCUGUCUUCAUGGUGGCUCCGUUCUUUGUCACCUUCCCCUUCAUGCUGAUUCUCAUGUCCUAUGUCUGCAUCAUCUCCACCAUCUUGAGGAUCCCCUCCAGGGCAGGCAGGAGAAAGUCCUUCUCCAUCUGCUGCUCACACCUCAUGGUGGUUACAUUGUUCUUUGUCUCUGCUUGCACUAUGUAUCUGAAACCCAAUUCCUCCUACUCACCAGACACAGACAAGUUUCUCUCUCUGUCCUACACGGUCAUCACACCCAUGCUAAACCCCAUCAUCUACAGCCUGAGGAACAAAGAAGUGAAGGGUGCCUUCUGGAGAAUGGUGGGCAGAAGAAGAUUCUGUUGA